GCAGACAUGGAGGUUCAUUUCUUCUUUCUGCUCCCCAUGGCCUUUCUCCUGCAACCCGAGACUUGGGCUUGGCAGAUCAUCGGGGGGCAUGAAGCCAAGCCCCACUCCAGGCCCUACAUGGCCUACCUGCGUGUACGACGUGCAACGAAGCAUAAUCAGUGUGGAGGGUUCCUGGUGGCAGAGAACUUUGUGCUGACGGCCGCUCACUGCCAGGGAGACAGCAUCCAUGUCACCCUGGGAGCCCACAACAUCAAACAACAGGAACCGAGCCAGCAAGUGAUUGAAGUGCAAAGGCAGAUCCCCCACCCGCAGUACAACUGGGAGACUAAAAUCAAUGACAUCAUGCUGCUGCAGCUGCAGUGCAAGGCUGAGAGCAAUGGGUACGUCGGACUCCUCUCCCUGCCCGCGGCCCCCCAGCGAGUGCGCCCAGGGACCAAGUGCAGCGUGGCCGGCUGGGGUCAGAUGAGUGCAUCCAACGAGCAGAUCUCGGAGACGCUGCAGGAGGCCGACGUGGUGGUGAUGCCGGAUGCCGACUGUCGGAGGAAGCGUGGGGGGCCAUGGCGCAGCUAUAACGCCACCACCAUGAUGUGUGUGGGGGACCCAGAGGAAGGCAGAUCCCCUUUCCAGGGUGACUCUGGGGGGCCCCUGGUGUGUGGGGAAGAAGCCCAGGGCAUUGUCUCCUUGGGAUCCGAAGAUGGGAUCCCCCCGGCCGUGUACACCAAAGUCUCCACCUUCCUGCCCUGGAUUCAGGAGACGAUGAAGAAAUUGGAGUCUUGAGCCCCGCCAGAAAGUGCAGAGUGUCCUGGAGCUGAACCACUUCGGUGUUUUGUUUUGGCCCAGACGUGGGGCG